UCGAACAGCUGACGCUGUGUCAAAACAGUGUGGGUGGAUUGUUUAUUUCGUUCGGAGGCAUGAAUCUUCCCGAGUCCGACAGCGAGGACGAGUUGCCGCCCGGUUGGGAGGAGCGGGUCACCGUAGAUGGUAGCGUCUACUACGCCAACCAUUUGACGAAAAACACCCAAUGGACCCACCCCAGGACCGGCAAAAAGAAGAGGGUGUCGGGGAAACUUCCCUUUGGCUGGGAGAGAUGUAUCGAUAAAAAUACUGGUAAAGUAAUAUAUGUAGACCAUGAGAACAAGAGGACGACAUAUACAGACCCUAGAUUAGCUUUCGCCAUCGAGGAAAAGGAACACGUCGAUGACUAUCGACAACGAUUCGAUGGUUCAAGCACUGCCUUGCAGGUACUUCACGGUCGUGAUUUGACUGGUAAAAUAGCAAUAGUUACUGGGGCUAACGCCGGUAUCGGCUACGAAACGGCCCGAUCUCUAGCUCAACACGGCUGCACCGUUAUAUUCGCCUGUAGAAACUUAGCCGCGGCAGAAGAAGCAGUUCUACAGAUGAAAUCGGAGGCUCGGCUCAAUGUCACAGAAAACUGCAUCAUCAUCCAUCUUGAUUUGGCGUCUUUGGCUUCUGUUGUGCAGUUUGCAAACACGGUCAAGAGUCGCUACGACAAGAUCGACAUGCUCAUCCUAAAUGCGGGCGUCUUCGGACUGCCCUUUUCCAAAACCGUCGACGGUUUCGAAAUCACCUUUCAAGUGAAUUACUUGUCACAGUUCUACCUUACGAUGCUCCUGGAACCGUUGCUCGUUCAAGGCUCCAGAGUCGUGGUGGUAUCUUCCGAAUCGCAUAGGUUUUCCAAUUUAGAUUUAACUAAUGCGACGGCGCUGACACUGUCGCCCGACACUUGGAGGCAGUACUGGGACGUUUCGGCUUACAACAACUCCAAGCUGUGCAACGUGUUGUUUGCGAGGCAAUUCGCCAAAAAUGUACAGAAAAGGGGCGUUUCUGUGUUCAGUCUCCACCCAGGCAAUAUGGUGGCAACGGGACUGAGCAGACAUUGGUGGUUCUACCGGUUGCUUUUCGCUUUCGUCAGACCCUUCACCAAGAGUCUACAACAGGCGGCAGCGACCAGCGUAUACUGUGCCACCGCUCCGGAACUGGUCGGGUUAACAGGUAUAUAUUUCAACAAUUGUUGUCCGUGUCAAGAGAGUGACUCAGCUCAGAGCGAUCAACUGGCGGUGACGUUGUGGAACCUUAGUAUCGACAUGGUUCAAAGCGUUUUGGGCAACAACGCCCCCUGCUUGGAGGAGGUGAGGAUCCAUCCGAACUAGACGACCGGAGCUUUAGAAUUGCGACCAAGUUAAAUUGAUACAGGGUCUUCCGACGAAGGCACGCGACAGAAAAAUUUAUUUUUUGGGGGGGACGAUUCGUAACAGAAACACCAAUUUACAUUUACCUUUAUCAUUAUUGUACAGAACCCUUUACAUAUCACCUCUCGUGUGGAGCGUUAGAUGUCCUUUUUGUUGAUACACCAACGAUUUAAUAAACGAUUAUAUAAGAGUACAACGAACGGUGUCUAGCGCAGCCCGUAUGUUAUGUAAUAACUCUGUUUAGGCUGUUUAGAUUGGUAGACGUGUCUCGAUGUGAAGAACAAACCGUUGUAAGUGUUUAAUAAAUAUUUUUU